AUGGAAAGUGAACAAAGCUCAGUUAUUGGAAAUAAUCAGAAUCUUAAGAAAAGAUCUCUUAGAGAACUUGAAAAGAGGAUGAAUGAUAAACUUCUAAGAUCUUUGCAAAUUAAAGGAGUUUGGAAAGCAUACUACCAUCCUCUGAAACCUGCAAUAUACUUUAGAAUUUAUGAGUUCAUAGGAGAUUCGGUCAUAUUGCUGUACCCUUCGAAGAAGUGGGUGAUGCAAGAACUGCACGAAGAGAAGUACUUCUCAGCAAUAGGAAAUUACCCUCUGACAAGGAUUCAGCAUUGGUCGGGAAAUCUGUUUUUGGGGAGAUUUUAUUCGCUUGGGUUUGGAGUACGGCAUGAUGAGGUAGCGAUCGGAAACCACGCCUUCACUCUAAACCUGAAGAACAAAUUCUACCGUAAACUGACUUUCCAAGCCCUGAGCCAAGCCACGACCAAAUUCAGCCUUCGCCAGUUCAAGAUGAGCGUGAGGGAUGUGGGUAAGGUCAUCUUGGCCGGCAAUAUGUGUCAUGAGAUUGCCUUCAAGGAGUGACAAAUUGAUUUUCAAGGAAACCUCAGAGGGUGGCCGAGGUAUUUCUAUCGAUAUGACCUUGACUCAAACACCAAGCUGAGCAUUUUAAAGUUUGGCUGCUGUAUCCCACUCAACCAAAGACUUGCAUUUAACCGAUUAGACAAACAAAGUAUUAGCCAAGUUAAUAAGAUACCAGAUCCAAAUGAAGAAACAAAUAGAACAAUAGACGACCAUGAAAGCACUUCAUCUGAAGAUGAAAUAGAUCGUACUGAGAUGAUCUGCACACUAAUGGAAUAUAUCAGAAGCUCACAUUUAAUAGAUCAAUUAAAGAUGACUGUUUUUCUCUGAGAAAAUCUGGACAUUGAUAAACAUCAAAUAACCUCCCAAUUCGACCACACAAACAUAAAAUCUAAAUUAGAACACUGCACAACAAUCACCAAGAUAACCUUCAGCACAAAUCAAGAAUAA